AUGGAGAAACAAUUGGAAAGAUUGGAAGAAACGAUCCUGUCUUUGGUGGAACAAUUCAAGGAGAUGCUUAUCCAACUCUGCAUCCGGUUAAACAUCUUGGUGGUUAAGCAGACACGACAAAGAGGAGAUCAUUCAACACCAGUUCAUAUUCUUGCUGGUCACAAUAAGGCUAAGAUAGUUAAGUUUCUUCUUGAGUGGCAAGGACCAGAUACUGUUGGAGCCAAGAAUAUGUAUGGAGAAACUCCAUUGCACAUGGCAGCAAAGAAUGGAUGUCGUGAAGCCGCAUGGUUACUUCUAGCUCAUGGCGCUUUUGUUGAAGCCAGAGCAAAUAAUGGUAUGACACCUUUACAUCUUGCUGUUUGGUACUCACUACGAGUAGAAGAAAUUUCUGAUAGGUGA